AAUGAUUCCAAACUCUCUCAGAGUAUAUAUAGCCCUGACUCACUCAGAUCUCACCACUCAGGAUAACAACAUGGGACUAUUAACUAUCGCUGCUGUAAUAGGAGGAGGAGCAGGAGCCGUGGUCGCAGCUCCUGUGGUUCUGGGAGUUGUAGGUUUCACUUCAGCUGGGAUAGCUGCAGGGUCCUUUGCUGCCCAAAUGAUGGCAGCAGCUGCCGUCGCUAACGGAGGAGGAGUGGCAGCAGGAGGUCUUGUGGCUGGUUUGCAGGCAGCAGGUGCUGCUGGUCUGUCUGGAGCUGCUACAGCGGCUGUGGCAGGCGCUGGGGGAACACUUGCAGGGCUGGCUGCAAUCAUCAUCUGACAACCAUGAAGAAAAAAGAUGAAGCCACAAAAUGUUUGCUAUUUUAAAUGAUAAGCUUAAUAAACUAAACUCAUCAUGUUUCAUCUUUCAGACAACUAAAAUGUUUGAUGCAAUAAAUCCCUAAAGCCCAUA